ACAAGUUUUACACCUAGACAGAGAGAAAGAGAGAGAGAGAGAGAGAGACAGAGAGAGAGAGAGAGAGAGAGAGAGAGACUCAGCAUCCCGUCCUGCAGGAGCGCGUUGCAGACUCAUCGAAGGAGCGCCACGUUGGGCUGAACCUAGGAACCGACAACAUGUCCUGUCUCUACAUCAGAGGGAUCUUACUCACUCUUUGUUGUGCUUCAGUUGCCUUGUCAAGCCUGCACCCUGAGUGUGAGUACAUAUUUCAACUGGAGAAAGAAGAGCGUCACUGCCUUCAGUACAUUGCAGAGCAAAGCAACAGAACCACAGAAGGUUGUCAGCCAUUCUGGGAUGAAAUUGUCUGCUGGCCUCAUGCAGAAGUUGGGGAAACAGUCCAAAGAGCUUGUCCUGCCAUCUUCUCCCUCUUCAGAAACAACACAGGUUCAGUGAGCCGUAACUGCACCAGCGGAGGUUGGUCCAGGCAUUUCCCACCGUACCACAUCGCCUGCAGUGUGGAGGAUGACAUUCCUGAGACGGAGCAGUUGUACUUUGCCACAGUGAAGCGGAUAUACACCGUUGGCUACAGUAUCUCUCUAGUGGUGCUGGCUGUUGCUGUAUUCAUCCUGUUGCUCUUCAGGAGGCUGCGUUGUGCCAGGAACUUCAUUCACAUUCAGCUCUUCAUCACAUUUAUCUUGAGAGCUGUGGCGGUGUUCAUAAAGGAUGCAACUCUGUUCUCGAAUGACGACACCAACCACUGCACCCUUUCCACAUUUGCCUGUAAGGCAUCUGUGGUCUUCUGUCACUACUGUGUAAUGUCUAAUUUUUUCUGGCUCCUGGUGGAGGCGGUGUACCUCAAUUCCCUGCUGCUUUCGUCUUUUAAUCACAGCCGUCGGUGCCUCUGGGGCUUCAGCCUGCUGGGAUGGGGUAUACCUGUGUUCUUCAUUGUCCUCUGGAUUGGAUCAAGGGUGUAUUUUGAGGACACAGAAUGUUGGGACAUCAAUGAGGAUUCGCCCUAUUGGUGGAUCAUCAAGGGACCAAUUGUUGUGUCUAUAACGGUGAAUUUUAUACUCUUCAUGAACAUCAUCAGAAUCCUGAUACAGAAGCUCAAUCCUCGGCUGAUCCACUUCAAUAACUCCUCUCAGUACAGACGCCUGACUAAGUCCACCCUCCUCCUCAUCCCUUUGUUUGGUACUCACUACAUGGUCUUCAAUUUUCUGCCUGACUACUUCAAUGUUAACCUGCGCCUCUGUAUCGAGCUCUGCAUGGGAUCCUUCCAGGGGCUUCUUGUAGCAAUUCUCUAUUGCUUUCUUAAUCAAGAGGUCCAAAAAGAAGUCCACAUGCAGUGGCUGAGGUGGCAGGGGCGGAGCUAUGGUGUGGUCUCACCUGCUGCAAAAUGCAGCCAGAUGGACACACCUUUCUAGUAGUGGCCUUCCCCCCCAUCCUACAGGUUAAUUGGACAUCGACUGAAGAUUGCUUCUGUGCAUGCCAUCGUCUCCAAUGGGGUGCACAGUUUGCACAAUACCAAUGGUUCACCACAUCUGUAAGUUUUCAUUCCAAACUUGAUAAUAGCCUUUUUACUAGCUGCGCUCCUUCUGCCAGAAUGGAGGAACUAAGGUGAACUUACCCAUGGAAAAUGAUUCCGAAACCUCAUAACAUUUUACUCACACCUUUCAAGACAGAUCCUUUUCAUUUCAUAUGCAUUUCCCAUGUGGCAACAACUUUAGAAAGCUUCAAGUUUUCCUUGGAGACCUCACUUGUCAAAUUAAAGAGUGCUAAUUUUACUGAGCUGAGAGUUUUGCAUAACGUUUAAAGAACCAUCAAUGACAAAGUAAAUAGUUUCAACAGAUAUAGAUUUUGCCCAACUAAACAAUGCAAUUUUGUUGAGUGUACAUUUUAAAUGUCCCAUAUUAUGCUAGUUUUCUGAUUCAUUCUUUCUGAAAUGUUAUCU